AGACAGUAGUUUGAGCGGCAGACUCAUAUAGGUAUCAGAUUACUCAAAAUUAUUUGAACGUGAGCAUUAUGAUUGGCGAAUUUGAAGACGCAGACAUCUUCCAUGACUGCCGUAGUGACGAUGAGGAGACUCCAGAGAUGGAAGUGGGCGGUGGUGAUGAAGUGAUCUGCAAGCAAGCGCCUCGGUUUGACGAUCCCGUCCAGAUUCGAGCCGUUUUGGAGCGGGCAGCCACCGCCACACAGCGGUUGUUGAGGUGCUAUGGAGGCACUGAUUGCGUGCCAACUCGUCCUUUGAUGACACGUUUCUAUCCGGCCACCCUGGAGGUCAGUGCCCGUCUACACACGGACGACAAGUGUCCUUGCCCGAAGGACAGGCAGUGCAAGCUGAUAGGCGAUCCAGUGACCCUGAAGCUGCCAAUCGAACUGAAUCCGGAGAGCGGCCAGGUCAAAGUCAACAUCUUCCAGCCCAAGUCGAUUGGCACCUUCUGUGGAUGCAAUGCACAUGGAAAUCAGAACACUUCGAAGAGCAGGAGAUCGAGUGUAAAAUGGUCCAACAAGGACGAAGUAUGUCCCGAUUGCCAGGAACCUUAACAAAACUCGUGAAUUGUGAAAUUAUCAACGGCAUUUGUUUUUUUUUUUCGAAAUUCAUUGGUGACUAAAUUGGAUUAUGUAACUCAA